AUGCCUCCCAAACAACCCUCCAAAGGCCCCAAAGGCCUCACCCGCCUCUACCUCAUCCUCUACAAUGCCCUCAGCUUCGCCCUCUGGGCCACCUGCACCGUCCGUGGCCUCUACCUCCUCCUCACCACCGUGAUCCUACCCGCGACCAGCAACACCGACUCCGACGCCGUCGUUAACACCGCCCUCCCCUCCAUCUUCAACGACAUCUACUCCCCGCUGCUUCUAGGCACGCAAUCCCUCGCCACACUCGAGAUCCUACAUAGCCUGCUCGGCCUCGUGCGCGCCCCGAUCUUCACCACCGCCAUGCAAGUCGCCAGCCGUCUGCUGGUCGUCUGGGGCGUCAUGUACCUGUUCGGCGGCGACAUCGUCGGCAGUGUGGAGAAGGGCGCGCAGACCGGUGAUUUCGGUUUCUUGGGCUGUUUGACCGCAUGGGGCGUUACGGAGUGUAUUCGGUAUGGGUUCUUUGCGUUGCAGGUUCUGGGCACGGGCGUGCCGGGGUGGUGGACUUGGUUGAGAUAUAAUACUUUCUACAUCCUCUACCCGCUCGGCAUCACGAGCGAGUGUGUGCUUGUCGUGAAGGCGCUUGCACCGGCGGGCGAGUUGGAGCCGCUGUAUCGGUGGUUUUUGAUUGCCGUGUUGGGUAUUUAUGUUCCUGGAUCGUAUAUUCUAUACACGCACAUGAUUGCGCAGCGCAAGAAGGUGCUGAAGAAGAGGGCAGAGUAG